AUGGGUGCCCACAAGAGGCUUUCACCCGCGGAUUCAGAGUUACUAGCACGCUGGGACAUAUUCAAAAGGGAUAAGGGAGGCGUUGCGGCUGAGCUUACGGUUUCUAGAUCGCUGGAGCAACAGGUUGGAACCAUCAAGUCACUCCUUGCCAAUACUGAGCUAUAUUUCCUGAGCAAUAAGCAUAUUCGAUACGCUGUACGGUCCCGUUACGCCGGUGGCAAACAAGAAAGGGCUCUCGAAUUUAUAUAUUUAAUAGACGACUCUGUGCAGGGUAUUAUUCGAAGUUAUGUCCCCGAAACCAGGCUACUUGGGGCGGAGAACAGGGGAGGAUUUUCUUGCUAUCUAGACGCCGCUCUCUUCGCGAUGUUCGCACGACUAGAUUUCUACGAGGCUCUCCUCUAUAAUGACUUUUCCAACCCACCAGAGCGCAAUCUAACGGUUCUUUUGCGCCUAUGGGUUAACCUACUGAGGUCAGGAAAUCUGAUACCGACGGAUGUGACAAAACAAUUACAAGACGCCAUAGCUACCUGUGGCUGGAAAGAGGCUGGCCUUCCUUUACAGCAAGAUGCAUCCGAGGCAUUCACAUUCAUAAUGGAAACGCUAAAGUCGCCCCUCCUUACCCUUAAGAUGGACCUCAUUCACAACGGACAGAAAGACGCGGCGGGUGAUCAUCAGUUUGUCAACGAACGACUCUUAGAAGUAGCGAUACCCCCAUCAUUAGAAGAUGAUAAUAGGCCGGUUACGCUCGAGGAAUGCUUAGAACAACACUUCAAUAGCCGAGUUGAAGUUAAGCGAUAUCUAGAAAACCAAAGUAACGCAGAUCUACUUGAACCAGGAACCAAAGGAUUUUCUACUCAACAUAUUGAAGUGGCAGAUGCUGAAUCUCCAAUUGCCGGAUCUGGGCACGAUUCUGCAUAUUUCAGUCCAGCCAACGGGCAGGUUGCCAUACCUCAAGUUACAGUGUCUGAUAGUACACCUGGUGGCCGAGAUCGUGCUUCCAGCAUCGUUCAAAAUCGCUUUAUUUCAGAGGAUAAUGAUAUUGCCGAUGACGCCGCCUCCGAUAUUACGCAGGUAAACCCGAAGGGCAGUAUCCGCAAAGAAGUCAUGAUGCCUGCGUGGCAGGUUUUUAGUCUACUCCCAUGGUAUGCAAAUGAUCGAGAAGGUGAUAACCCCCAAACGGCCACCCACUUCUCUGCAAAGAGGCCGAUUCUAGGGAUUAGUUUGAAAAGAUACUCAGUCUCAUCAACCGGCAAAACAAUGCGACUAAAGACGUAUGUUGAUAUUCCCGUGGAGAUUGGUUUCCCUCACUUCAUAAACGAUGAUCAGAUGAGGGAAGAUGGGCCACUCUAUGGAAAGUUUAAACUCUCGUUACAGUCUGUUAUUUGCCAUCAAGGGGAUUCUGCGAACUCUGGGCACUAUAUUUCUUUGGUUAGAGGCACCAAGAAGGAUUCAUCAUCUCCCGAUCCGAUGUUCCCAGAAAAAGGCUCGUCCAUCUCAUCUGCCGACAGCAACUACUGGAUGCGGUUUGAUGAUAUCGCCAAGGAACGCAUUACGCUCAUUGAUAUCGAUGACUAUCUGAGGACCGAGUUACCAUAUCUUCUAUUUUACCAGAUCCUCCCUAUAGACGCUGAUGCAGGAGACUUGGGUCCCCCAUCCGGUCCCGGAUUAUCUGAUGUACGAAUUCCUCUAAGUGGGAAACUAGCUAGGCCCCCUUCGAAUUCUAGCUCCGGUGACGAAGAAAGCCCCGUUGUCUCUCCGGCCGCGGAAGCGUCCUUAAAUGUGCAUCCUAGAGAUUCUGCUAUUAGUGUCGACCACACGCCUCUACCAAUUCUCCAGCCACAACCACAGCCACAACCUCAACAACCUACUGUGCCAGUCUUGGAUGCUUCGGACACCUCCAGGCACAGCAAGAGUCGGCCAGUGUCUAUGGGCGAGAGCAGAAUCGGAUCACUCUUUUCUAGACGCAAGAGUGCUGAUCCACUAAGUACCGGAGAAGCCUGGCGGCUUUCAGGCGAACAUAGGAGAGCCAAGUCAGCUGAAAGGCAGAGAUCAAAAGAAAGAGCCAAAGAAGUGAAACAGCGCGAGGCAGCGUUACGGAAAGCAAAAGGGGACCCGCAGAGAGAUGGCUAUGUAGCUGCCAGCAGCCUGGCCAAGCUGUCCGAAUCCUCAUUACCGAUAUUCAACGUCAAACAAGUCGAGCUCAAGUUCUCGAUCGCCGCCGACUUCGUUGCAGCCCAGGUUGCCAACGAUGUACUCAUCCUGGCUCUCGCAACAGGCAGGAUUCUGAGGAUCGAUCUAAAUAAUGCCGUGGACAUCGAUGACAUCGACCUGCCCAAGAAAUCCGCCGAUACUGGCGUCAUUCGCCGCAUGUUCCUUGACCCUUCGGCUUCACACUUGAUCAUAUCGACUACGCUAGGGGAGAAUUAUUAUCUUCAUACACAGUCUCGACAACCUAAACCGCUCGCGCGCCUGAAGGGGGUUAUGAUAGAAUGUAUCGCAUGGAAUCCCUCAGUACCUACGGCUUCAACGAGAGAGAUACUUGUGGGCUCGACAGACGGGAAUAUCUACGAAGUAUAUAUCGAGUCCGCGACCGAGUUUUACCGCAGAGACGAGAGAUAUGUCAACACGGUAUACAAGGUUCCCAGUCUGUCGGUGACGGGUAUUUGGGUGGACAUUGUCGGUGGAAAGAAAGACUGUCGACAUAUCAUGGUGUCAUCGAAUGGAAAGUUAUUCUAUUUCAUGGGCAAGAUAGGCAGACACGGGAAAGAGGGAGGAGGGUCUAUAUACAUCGACCUAUUCCGCAAGGAAACCCCCGUCGUUCAUGAGCUUUCCAGCGCGACGCUAUCGGCGCCGUCCCUGCUUGCUAUCCAACCAGACCCGCUCGAGGAGGGACACAGUGAUGGAAAAUCUGAUGAAAAGCACUUUGCUUGGUUGACUUCCUUGGGCGUUUUGCACGGCGUGGUGCCCAACUCUCCAAACCCAGAGAUAGGAAGCCGCAUAUUCGACAAAGCAAAGAUGAUCCAACGCUCGAUUUUACCAGCUACUGAGUCUGCUAGAGGAGGCAGGAAGCUAAUUCAAGACCCGAUAAAAGGAAUGACCAUGACACAAUGGCAUAUCUUGACAUUGGUGGAAGGCCGAAUCGUUGCCGUGAAUCGCUUGAACGGAGAGAUUGUGUACGAUCAAGUAGUCCUUGAACCAGGUGAAAGCUCACUCGGUUUGGUUGCAGACCAGAAGAUGAACACAUACUGGCUUUUCACUGGCAAAGAGAUAUAUGAGAUCUCCGCCCACGAUGAGGAUAGGGACGUAUGGAGGAUCCUUCUUAAAGAGCAGCAGUUUGACUCGGCGUUACGAUUUGCCCACGGAGUUACCCAAAAGGACGCUGUUGCGACGGCUUCGGGUGAUCAUCUUGCUAGCAAAGGGCAGUAUCUGGAAGCUGCAUCUGUUUGGGGUAAAAGCAGCAAACGUUUCGAGGAAGUCUGCCUCACCUUUAUUGAUAAAGGGGAACAUGACGCUUUGAGGAAAUACCUCCUUACCCAGUUGACGACCUAUAAGAAAUCAGCAGUUAUGCAAAGAAUGAUGAUAGCAAGCUGGCUGGUGGAAAUUUUCAUGUCGAAACUGAAUUCGUUGGACGAUACGAUUGCAACGAAAGCCGAACUCGUCGAGGGAGGAAAUACGGACGAUGCAAAGGAUGACAUUCAAAGCAUACGCACCGAGUUUCAGCAAUUCGUGAACAGGUACAAGGAUGACCUAGACCCCAGGACUGUCUAUGACAUUGUGGGUAGCCAUGGUCGCGAGCAGGAGCUGCUGUACUUCGCGACUACCAUCAGCGAUCACAACUUUGUGCUGUCAUACUGGGUUCAACGCGAGAAGUGGCCAGAAGCACUCAAUGUGCUGAAGAAACAAACCGAUCCCGAGGUGUUUUACAAAUAUAGCAGCAUUCUAAUGACGUACUCUGCCAACGAGUUCGUCGAUAUAUUGAUGAGACAGACGGAUCUAGAUCCGCAGAAACUCAUUCCAGCCCUAUUAAGCUACAACAAGGACACCAAGGUCGCUCUGCCUCAAAACCAGGCGAUCAGAUACCUCAAUUUCAUCAUCGCCAACCAUCCGAAUCCCUCCGCUGCUGUUCAUAACACCCUAAUCUCCAUAUACGCAUCACACCCCUCAACGUCCGAAGGCGCCCUUCUCCAGUACCUUGAAUCCCAACCAUUAUCCCCGCCUCGCUACGAUGCCGAUUUCGCCUUACGUCUUUGCAUCCAGCAUAAACGAGUCCAAUCAUGCGUCCACAUCUACAGUAUGAUGGGCCAAUACCAAGAAGGCGUCAUGUUGGCCCUGAAGCACGACGAUAUCGAGCUUGCUGCCCUUGUCGCCGAUCGGCCAGAAGGCAACGACAAGCUACGGAAGAAACUUUGGCUUCUCGUUGCCGAGAAAAAGAUCCGACAACCGGGGAUAGGAAUCAAAGACGCCAUUGAGUUUCUACGGCGCUGUGAACUUUUACGUAUCGAAGACCUUAUUCCAUUCUUCCCUGAUUUCGUCGUGAUUGAUGAUUUUAAAGAUGAGAUCUGCACCGCUCUGGAAGACUACUCGCGGCAUAUUGAUACCCUCCGCCAGGAGAUGGAUAAUUCCGCCCAUGUAGCCGAGCAGAUCCGGCUAGAAACCGCAGCGCUCGGCUCGCGGUAUGCGAUUGUCGAGCCAGGAGAGAAGUGUUGGAUAUGCUCGUUACCGGUGCUGAGUAGACAGUUUUUCGUCUUCCCUUGCCAACACGCCUUUCAUAGUGAUUGUUUGGGUAAGAAGGUAAUGGAUGCUGCGGGUACGGGAAAGAAGAAGCAUAUCAAAGAUUUGCAGGCUGAGAUGAGUAAGGGGACGAACGUUGGGGCCAAGCGAGAGAAGAUUAUCAGGGAGUUGGACGGGCUGAUUGCCGAAGCCUGCAUCUUAUGCGGAGAGUAUGCUAUCAAACAGCUCGAUGAGCCUUUCAUCAGUGCUACAGACAACAAGAGUGAAUGGGCAGUAUGA